AUGUACUUCUCCCACGCCCGCACCACCAACUUCAUCACCUCCUUCCUCGACCUCAUGCAGCACCACACCUCCACCAAAACCGAGCAGUCCAACAACAGAAACAAUCUGGCUGCCGCCCUCGCCUCCAAGAUCGACAUAUUCAUCAUCCCCGACCACCUCUCUUUGCAGUCUGCCAUCAACCGCACCGCGAACCACCCAAGUCAAUCUGACCCAACUGAUCCCAAAAUCCUCUUCGGCGCGCAAAACUGCCACUGGGAAGAUUCCGGUCCGUUCACAGGCGAGGUAUCCCCCGCCGUCCUGGCCGAGAUAGGGUGCAGAAUAGUCGAACUCAACCAUGCCGAACGGCGCCGCCACUUUGCCGAAACAGAUGCCAUCACCAGCCUCAAAGCUCAGGCAGUCAUACGAAACGGAAUGAUUCCCCUCAUCUGCGUUGGUGAAGGCUCCCCUGGUCAAAUACCUGCCCCGGGCGAGGUAGCGAUCAGAAAAGCGGCGGAGGAGGUAGUCGGCCAGGUGGAGCGAUGUCUGGAGGGUGUUGACCCUACAAAAGAAGUUUGGCUAGCUUACGAACCUGUUUGGGCUAUUGGUGCGAAGGAGCCUGCGGGGGUGGGACAUGUGAGGGGGGUGGUGAGGACUAUACGAAAAAGUGAGGUGAUGAGGGGGAGGGAGGAAAGGGGCGGGGUGACGAGGAUUUUGUAUGGAGGCAGCGCGGGGCCGGGUUUGUUUGGACAACUGAAAGAGGAUGAUGGAGUGGAUGGAUUGUUCUUGGGGAGAUUUGCGCAUGAGGAGGGACAGCUUUGGAAGACGAUUUGUGAGGUUGCUGAGGUUGAGUGA